AUGAACAGCCCCGGCCACCCAUCCACAUCAACUUCCGCCUCGGUGCUCAGCGCCCAGAAGCGCGCAUAUCGGCAGCGUCGCAAGGACCCCAGCUGCGACGCGUGUCGAGAGCGAAAGGUCAAAUGCGACGCUACCGAAACCUCCAGCUGCUCCGAGUGCAGCAGUCGCGGCGUCAAAUGCCAGUUUACAAAAGAGACCAAUCGGCGCAUGUCGUCCAUCAAGCAGGUGCAGGACCUCGAGAAGCAUCUCCACGGUGCCAGGCAGCAGAUUCGGCAGCUGGAGAAGAUGUUGAAGGAGGGUGGCUCGGUGGCUGACCUGGAUGCUGCGGGCACGAGUCAGCCGACGCUACACGUUCCCGACGCGUCGCGAGAUCGUCAUACUCCAAUUCCUCCGUUUGAAGGGUUCGACGAAGCGCGCAAGGACAUCAGAAACUAUGCGAGGGGAAUCUUCAAACCGCCGCCACCAUACAGAACCUUUGGCUCACACCCCACCUGGCCUCAUGCUACACCCGCCCUGCCAACAAAGACGGUUGCGGACCGGUUAUUGUCCCAUUACCAUACCUUUGUGCACGUGAACAUGCCACAUCUGCACUGGCCGUCGUUUCUGCAGGAGUACGAUAAUGCAUACCGAACAGGCUCGUUCCAGCAGUCUCCCACUUCCUGGGUCUCACUCUUCUUUGGGGUGCUCGCGUGUGGAACACUCAUGGACAACCAGUCUAGCGGACAGCCGCAAGAUGGAGACGGCGCGCAAUAUCUCGAUUUGUGUAUGCGCAAUAUGAAUACCUGGUCGGACGAUUUGACGCUGGAUCAGGUGCGCUCCUCGCUCUUGAUCAGCGUCUACUUUGUCGAAACCAGCCUACUUUCAGCGGGAUGGGUCUGGCUUGGCUCGUGUGUGCGAGCGGCGCAAGAUAUUGGACUCUACACUGAGCGGGGACAGUAUUCGCCCAUGGAAACGGAAAUGCGGCGACGCGUGUGGUGGAGCGUGUACAAUUGGGAUCGUCUGGUCUCGCUCGAACUCGGCCGUCCCACGAUGAUCGAUGAUGAUGAUUGCGACGCAGGCGAACCGACUCCAGUCAACGACGACUGCAUUCAACCGCACGGCAUCAUUCAACCUCCGCAAGGCACUACUCCGCCAAAUGGACUGAUUGUCGUCAUUCCCGUCGUGCGAAUCUUUGCACAGCUCAAAAAGACCACCAAAGCGCGCACCAUAACCCCUGCCACCCUCUCCACGUACGACGACCACUUCAAAAGCAUCAUGGCAUCAUAUCCCGACCCCUUUCCAAUCUUCUCUCAAGCCCAUCUCGACCCUCGACUCCUCUCUGCGGCGUGCACCUUACAGUCCGCCCGCAUCUUUCUCUAUCGACAUAACCUGUCUCCCGCGUGCCGGCGAGAGGACAGAAUCCACGCGCUCGACCGCUGCGUACAAGCCGCCACAGAUACGGCUCACUACAUCGAACGAUCGAUGCAGCAGCCCAGCCCCUCCCACAACUCCGGUUUCUACUCCCCCGUGCACAUGGCCAACUGGGGCGCCCGGCUGCGCACCAUGGCCCCGGCCUUCCUGUGCUCCCAUUUGUGGCGCUGCGCGCUCGUCCUGUGCCUACGCCUGCAGUUCGCGCCCGCCCUCACCAUCGUGCAGGCGUCCACGAGCAUUGGCGAUCUGCGCAAAAACAACAUCUCCUGCGGUCGCAACCUCGCCUUCUUCCUCGAGAAACUCGUUGGCCGUCUGCGCUCCGGCGCGAAUCAACAGAAGCUCGAGAACGACGAGGAAAUGCUCGCGUACGCCAGCGGCGACCUGCAAGCCUGCGCCGACGAAUCGUGGGUGUGGAGCGGCGCGGGCAUCGCCCACGCCAACAACCCCAACAGCAACGGCGCAACUCCCGACCGCGCCACCGCGGAAGCCCCGACCCCGAGCUCCCUCAGCGAACGCGAACUCCACGAAUGGGGCGGCUGGGAGAAUGUGCAGCGCGUGCUGACGCAGCUCUUUAAUGAGCAUCAACAGCGCACGCCGUCUUCUGCCCCGGCGCCUACGCCUCCGAUGCAGCCGCAGCAGCACUCUCAACAACAACAGCAGCAACAGCAUUCCUCCUACCCUCCCACGCCUUCACAGUACCCCCUCCCCCAACAGCCAAGCACCAACACGCCGCCAACGCAGUAUCCCAAUCCUCCGCAACAAGGAGCUUCUCACCCGCCUCCGCCGCCGGCAUCAUUGCAGCCUCAAACCUCGCUUUCGCCGGUGGGAAGCAACGGGGCGGCAGCGAGCAGUCGGAUCAGCAUCAAGGAUAUCAUGUGA